AUGGACACAGAGAUGAUUCCUAAAUUUGCCUCAAAGGAUGAAGAAGUUGAUUACUGGAAGUUACAGGCCCUUAAAUACAAGAAAAGUUGCCAAGAUGCCCAAGAAGAGCUCCAGGAGUUCCAGGAGGGGAGUCGAGAGCUAGAGGCUGAGUUGGAAGCGCAGCUCAGCCAGGCUGAACACCGGCUUCGGGAUUUGCAAACUGAAAACGAGAGACUGAAGAACGAGGUGUCCAACCUGAAGGAGAAACUGGAGCAGCAGUAUGCCCAGAGUUACAAGCAGAUUUCGAUGCUAGAAGAUGACCUGGGACAGACGCGCAGCAUCAAGGAGCAGCUACACAAAUACGUCCGCGAGCUGGAACAAGCCAACGAUGACUUGGAGAGAGCCAAAAGGGCUACAAUAGUGUCCCUCGAGGAUUUUGAGGGCCGUUUGAACCAGGCUAUUGAGAGAAAUGCCUUCCUGGAGAGUGAGCUGGACGAAAAGGAGUCCCUCCUCGUGUCUGUGCAGCGGCUGAAAGACGAGGCCCGAGAUCUGAGACAGGAGCUGGCAGUGCGAGAGAGGACCACAGACAGGAUGUCGGCACCGAGCUCCCCCACCUUAGACACAGACAAGAUGGACUCCGCAGUGCAGGCCUCCUUAUCCCUCCCUGCAACGCCUGUUGGAAAGGCUAUGGAGCACGCCUUCAUCAGCCCGAAAGCAUUGACCAAUGGCUGCGGUGGCUCCGCCCUCACACCCUCUGCUAGAAUCUCUGCUCUGAACAUAGUUGGAGACCUCCUGAGAAAAGUUGGGGCUUUGGAGUCCAAACUUGCUGCUUGUAGGAACUUUGCCAAAGACCAGGCUGCAAGGAAAAAUUACUCCACGGACAAGGGUACACUCAUCAACAGCAAUGCCACAAAGUUCUCGCACUCUCUACAUACCACUUACUUUGAUAAAACGACCGUUAAUGGAUUAGACCCCAGUUCCCUGACCUCCAUAACAACCUCCAGAGCUGUGUCUCCCCCAGGCAUGCUCCCUUUAAGUGUAUGA